AUGACCGUACCAACUACAUUGAGGCCAUCCUCAUCGAUGGGUUCGAAUACCGAAGAGACGAUUCUUAUUGAUCUCGAUUCGCCACCCCGUUCUCCACCAUCAAUAUCAAGGACGAAGACAACCUCACUUUUACCGAGGUUUGACUUCAACCAAACCUCGCUUGUCCCAUUGACCUCAAGGAUAGCAAAUAGCACCUCGACCCAAACAAGUACGGGUGUAUCAGCUUCAUCUAACAGAACUUCCAUCGAGAGCACAGAAGACCAAGAUGUGAGAGCUGAAGUACAGGAGGAACUUCAAUCAACACCUCAACUCUCAAACCCUAUCACUAUUUUGACUUCCACUCCUCCAAGAGUCAGACAAAGUUCCACUUCGUCUUCAAGUGGUACAUCCAAAGCAUCGUUGAGUGCAAACGCCACUCCAUUCACCUUUACGAAAAGACCAAGACAGCUCUCUAUUGUCAGAACUCGAUCUCCUCCGUCGUUCGACUUUGAUGACAAGGAUCAUCACACCCCUUACACUUCGCACAAGGCAAACUAUCGUCCAGCAACACCGAUUACCGAUGCCAACAUUCGCUACGAGCAAGGUCAAUCCUUACCUCCAUAUCCCUAUACCUCUUCCCCGCCAUACGGAGAAUGGAAUCUACAAGUCAACCCUUACGAUCAUUCCAUCAAGAUCAGAGAACCUGUCUCGGCAAGGCCAUCUAAAGCUGUCAAGAUAACCUCUCCAACCCAAAUCCCGCUUCCACAUACACCUGAACCACAAGACGAUAAACCGCUUCGAGAGAGAAGAGGUAAAGCUGAGAUUCUCAGCUUGUACUCGAAUCCCACUACCAUCGGUCCAUCUACUAUCGGUGAACCUGCAAAUGUCGGAAACACUUCUGUUUACAAUCACAGCAGCUCUCCAAGAAGCGAAGAGAUCUUUCCGGCGUUAUCGUCAUUUCCUUUUUCGUCUUCGGAACAUCAGUCUAAUGAUACUGCCGCUAACUCCCGUAACUCUGGAAAUACCGUUCUCAAAAACCAGAUACCGGUAGCAUCCUCUCACACAAGUACGAUACUGACUCAAAGAUAUCCGUUCACUUUUGCCCCUUUUUCUCCCAGACGUAUUCCUCUUCCUGAAACCCCUUCGGUCCCCAACUUUGUGUCUUCAAAUACUCAUUCUCACACAAGAUCUAAGGAAACUGCUCAAGAGAUUGUAGAAGCAUUGAAGAACCUGCAAAUUGCAUGGGACAAGAAGAAAGAGGCUGAAAAUCUAUUCAAAGUCGGACUGGAUGAGGUAAUACACGUGAUUGGUCAUCAAGCGAGAGGCCAUAUCUGCAUGGAAGAUUCCCUUGGAUCACCAGAGGCACCGCUAGAAGAGAGAACGCGAACAAAGAUUCUACGGCUUCAAGAAGAACGCCUUGUACUCAAGAGUCAGCUCCAACAGAUGAAUGAGGCCCAUGUGUUGGCUAAAGAGCGAAUUCUUGCGUUGCAGGCUUCAAAUCAAGCUAAAACAGAGGAGCUUGAUGAAGCUUACAAGCAAUUUGGUCAUUACAAAGCUCAAGCAGAUGUGACAAAGAGCAAGCUCCACGAGAUCAUCGCUCAGCAGCAUGAAUUGGAAAUCUCCAAGCUGCACAUCAAGAAGGAAAAUGGGAAGCUGGCUAAAGUAUGCAAAAAACUUUUGAAAGAGAAGAACAAUUGGCAGGAGACUGUCGCAGAAUCGAAGGCCCAGUCAGAGCUUUCCAAUCCAGCCGAAUCUCUUACAUCGAAUCCCGAGGCCCCUCCAUUUGUAGUGGUUCUUCUAGAAGGUCAUCCUCGUAUGUUUGAAUAUAGCGUGAUGAAGAGGGGAGCGGAAGGGGGACGGCAGGUUGCCAAGGAUCUCCUAGAGGCCGUUCGAAAUUCAUGUAGAACGCAGAAUCUGAAUACCAAUAUCAUCAUUGUCCAUCUGUUCCUCGAUAUCUACUCGACAAUGAAACAGCUCCAAGUGGUUGGGUGUAUUCGUGACCUGGGUCACUUUCACAGCUUCUUAGACGAAUUCGCAUCAGAGUCAGACUUGUUUUCUGUCACAGAUUCCGAAGGCCCAGAUGGCCCGGCGAAUAAAGUCAAAGAACACCUCAAGCUCUAUGCAAGUAUACCGUCAUGUAAGAUGACCCUUUUGGGAACGUCUGAAGGCCAAGACUAUGUCAAGUUACUGGAGCUCAUGAGCGCCAAAGGUCUGGGUGAUAAACUGUUUGCCAUACAAUCAGCCAACAAUACUCUCAACGACACUCUCACGACUCUCGGUCCGGCUCACCUCAUUAAAGUGAACAACUACUUCAACUGGAACAGAGAAGAAUGGAAGACAGUAUAUAGAGAACGCAAGAUUGGAAGCAACAUUUCGAAUGCUCCCAGUGUAAUUUCGAGGGCCUCGAGUGUUGCUUCAUACUCCACCGCUCGCCCUGUAUCUCCUGGAUCCGAUGACGACUUUCCACCGACCUCUCAAACACGUAUCCGAUCAACAGCCUCAAUGUCCUAUCUCCCUUCUUGGGAUCGACCCAGCACUAGACUUGCUCCUCCCAGCGACUUCGUCUCCGUCAUUGAUAGGAGAUACGAGCUCUCACCCAUGUCCACGCCUCGAGCAACAAGGACUGGAGUAACUGCUAGAACUGUGACCUCACCUUCGCUUCGUGGAAAUACAAGACAGAAUAAGAUUGUCGUUCCGAUCGAUCCCGAAAUUGACGGCGUGAUUGGUGACUCUCCGCCUGAAAGUGAUGAGGAUGACCCUUCCGUCCAGUUGCCUCACUCUGCCGUCAAGCGAGUUCAACGUCCAACCCCAAUUCACGAAAGUGAUUCAGAGGAAGAGGGCCAUGGUCUACCUGGUGGAUUCAGACGACACUCGUCCACCAAAAAGGAGUCAUUACCUAAAAGGUCCGCUCCUGUUCGUCCCAACACAACACCAGCUCCAUGGGAUCGGAAACUUCCUCCCAGAACAUGGCAUGAUAUAAUCGGAAAGCACACUCAGAAUAGCUAUCCUACCUCCUCAUCUGGAGUCAACACUAUUCCCCUCGGCGGCUCUCACUCCCGUCAAGCUUCCACCACAUCCACUCAGCCCGAAGACCAUAUGUUUGACGUUCACGAUAGUCUUUGUCGUGAGAGUAGGGACACUCCGGAGUACUUGUUUCUCAAGACUCUCGACCCUAGACCUUGCCAUCAUCACUUUCUUGAGGGAAGGUGUCUCAAGCCUGACUGUACAUUCACUCACCUAGUACCACUAUCCCCUUCUGAAUUCGCACUGCUGCGGAGACUCGCCAAGGAAAUGAAUUGUGACGUAGUCAAACCUGGAACCUGCCAAAAAUCAGAACAAGAUUGUAUAUACUCUCAUCGCAGUCUCUAA